UAGGAGACAGGAGACCGAGCAGCGAGACGGCCUCAUGGCGUCUGAUGCGAGUCACGUGCUGGAAGCCGCCCUGGAGCAGAUGGACGGCAUCCUCGCCGGCACCAAAACAGGGCCAGAUGUGGGCGAUGGGACCUGUGAGCCUGGCCUGGCCUCCUCGGCCUCCUACCUGAACCCCUUCCAGGUGCUGCAGCUCGUCGAGGACUUGAGGCUGGCCCUGGGGCUGCUGGAGCAUCCUCAGGAGAGGGCCGCCCUCCUGAGCCAGGUCCCGGGCCCCACAGCUGCCUACAUAAAGGAGUGCUUCGAGGAGAGCUUGGUCAAUCACCACGGGGCUGCCAGUAAUGAGACGUACCAGGAGCGCUUGGCGCGUCUAGAGGGAGACAAGGAGUCCCUCAUAUUACAGGUGAGCGUCCUCACAGACCAAGUGGAAGCCCAAGGAGAGAAGAUCCGGGACCUGGAGGUGUGUCUGGAAGGGCACCAGGUGAAACUCAAUGCUGCCGAAGAGAUGCUGCAGCAGGAGUUGCUAAGUCGUACAUCUCUGGAGACCCAGAAGCUCGAUCUGCUGACGGAAGUGUCUGAGCUGAAGCUCAAGCUCGUGGGCAUGGAGAAGGAGCAGAGAGAACAGGAGGAGAAGCAGAAAAAAGCAGAGUCGGUUCUGAAUGUGAUCAGUGAGCUGCAGGAGCAGAUGCGUGGGCUGCAGCUGGACAUCCACAGGCAGAUGCAAGAGCGCCUCGUACUCAGUAGGGAGCACCCUGAGGAGGUGGCGGCCCGACCCCAGCCCUGCAGCCGGGCCUGUGCCUGUGGGGAGGGGUCCCCUGAGUUACUGCAGGAGCUCCGGCACCUCAAAAUCAAGGUGGAAGAGUUGGAAAACGAACGGAAUCAGUAUGAGUGGAAGCUGAAGGCCACCAAGGCUGAGGUCGCCCAGCUGCAAGAGCAGGUGGCCCUAAAGGAUGCAGAGAUCGAGCGUCUGCACAGCCAGCUCUCGCGGACCGCGGCUCUGCACAGCGACCAGGCGGAGAAAGAUCAAGAAAUUCAGCGUCUGAAAAUGGGAAUGGAGACUUUGCUUGUUGCCAAUGAGGAGAAGGACCGCCGGAUAGAGGAGCUCACUGGGCUGUUAAACCAGUACCGGCGGAUGAAGGAGAAGGUGAUGGCGACUCCAGGCCCUGCAGAAAGGACCCUCUCCAGCAACGAGGAGGACCUGGAGGGGAGCUUCCGGAAGUGGAACAGUGCAAACAAAGGCCCCGAGGAAUCCGUUAAACCAGAGCUGUCUCCGAGAUGCAGCCCUCCCACGGCGGGGCCACCUCCACUACCGCAGAAAUCGCUGGAAACCAGGGCUCAGAGAAAGCUCUCCUGCAGUCUUGAAGACCUGAGGGGUGAAUCUGUGGAUAAGUGUGUCGAUGGGAACCAGCUGUCCCCAGUGGUAGAACCCAAGGACAGCCCUCUCCUGGCGGAGCACAAGUACCCCACGUUACCUGGGAAGCUUUCCGGAGCCACGCCCAAUGGAGAGGCUGCCAAAUCUCCCACGACCUCCCCACCUGACCCCGCAGGGAGCAGCCUGCCCAGGCUGAGUCGUGGCCGGAGUGUCAGUGCCCCCGCAUUAGGAGACACGGAAAGUGGUUGGGACGAUACUGCCGUGGCCACUGACCUCUCCUCCACGUCAUCGGGCACCGAGUCCAGCCCCCAGUCGCCCUUGACCCCAGACGGUAAACGGAGUCCCAAAGGCAUCAAGAAAUUCUGGGGAAAAAUCCGAAGAACUCAGUCGGGAAACUUCAACACCGACGCCCCGGGGGUGGCUGAGUUUCGACGAGGGGGGCUCCGGGCAACCGCUGGGCCGAGGCUCUCUAGGACCAGAGACCCCAAGGGUCAGAAAUGUGACGCCAACGCCCCCUUCGCCCAGUGGAGCACAGAGCGUGUGUGUGCGUGGCUGGAGGACUUUGGCCUGGCCCAGUAUGUCAUCUUUGCCAGGCAGUGGGUGACUUCUGGCCACACUUUGCUGACCGCCACCCCUCAGGACAUGGAAAAGGAGCUGGGAAUUAAGCACCCUCUUCACAGGAAGAAGCUGGUUUUGGCAGUGAAAGCCAUCAACGCCAAGCAGGAGGAGAAGUCCGCCCUGCUGGACCACAUCUGGGUCACACGUUGGCUCGAUGAUAUCGGCUUACCCCAGUACAAAGACCAGUUCCACGAAUCCCGCGUGGACGGGCGGAUGCUGCAGUACCUAACGGUGAAUGAUCUCCUCUUCCUGAAAGUCACCAGCCAGCUACAUCAUCUCAGCAUCAAAUGUGCCAUUCACGUGCUGCAUGUCAACAAGUUCAACCCCCACUGCCUGCACCGGCGGCCAGCGGAUGAGAGUAACCGUUCGCCUUCCGAAGUCGUGCAGUGGUCCAACCACAGGGUGAUGGAGUGGUUGCGGUCCGUGGACCUGGCGGAAUAUGCACCCAACCUGCGUGGGAGUGGCGUCCACGGAGGUCUCAUUAUCCUGGAGCCACGCUUCACGGGGGACACCCUGGCUAUGCUUCUCAAUAUCCCGCCCCAAAAGACGCUCCUCAGACGCCACCUAACCACCAAAUUCAAUGCCUUGAUUGGCCCGGAGGCUGAACAGGAGAAGCGGGACAAAAUGACCUCACCCUCCUACACACCGCUGACCACCACAGCCAAAGUCCGGCCAAGAAAACUGGGAUUCUCACAUUUUGGAAACAUAAGAAAAAAGAAGUUCGAUGAAUCAACGGACUACAUUUGCCCGAUGGAGCCCAGCGAGGGGGUCGCGGACGGUCACAGGGUCUACGGUGGCUUCCGGGGCCUCAGCCCCCUUGAUGGCCCCGAACUGGACGGGCUGGACCAGGUGGCACCUUCGGAGGGCACCGUGACGCAGAUAGGGCUCCUUUCCCAAGACAUUCACCGCCUCACGACUCUGCUCAGCCAAGACCGGCUGCUGACCGACGCCCGCCUGGCCGCCCCCAGCGCUGAGGACUGGAGCUGACUCCUUGUGGCUGAGGGGCUGGAGAGGCCCCUGCGGGGCCCGCGUCUGCCUCCCUGGGGAGCUGGUCCCCGGCUGGGCUGCAGGGCGCCUCCUACGUGCGUGUGGACAGGACGAGCCGGGUGGUGGAGCCGGUGUCAGGAGGGGGUCAUGGGUGCUGUGCUCACAGCUUUGGCACUUUGGUAUGUUUACACGUGGACUGCAGGCCGCCUUUGAGGGAGGGGAACGAGAUGCCGGUGCAGACUGAGAUGCCCACUGUCCCUGGGGACGGUUGUGGGGUGCUGCCACCAAAGGGGGAGGGUUGUGAGUUCAUAAAAGCUCUUGUUGGAAAAAGAUUCCGAAUGUUCCAAGUUGGGUGAGUGGCCACGGGCCCUUGCUGGGCUGCUGCACCCUGAAGCCCACGUCGUGUCCCCGCUCCCAGGCACCCGACAGGGGCUGACUCACUUCCUGCUGCCCUUGGCUGCAGUGGUGUCUCAGGUCCUCUGGCUGUGAGCCUGCCAGCAUCUGAGCAGGGCCUUUCCCUCAUGAGCCUCAGAGGCAAUUGGCAGAUCAAACAGCUCCCCCAGGGCAAGGCCCUUGGCGACCCCGCGUGGCGUUUCCAUGGCAACACAUCUCCGGUAUGUCCCCCCUCAGGAAGAGGUACCCAAACACUGGCCCCACAGUCCCUUCCCAGUCAUCUUCCCCCCCAGUCCUGUCCCUUCCUCUUCUCCGUGUGGCAGCCCUGGCCCCUCCCCUCUUGUCUCCACAGCCGGUCUCUCUCCUUGAUCCCUCACGCUUCCUUCCCAGUCGGACUCCAGGUCUCCCCUCCGACCCCCCCGGCCCCCCACCAUCCCCAGGGGAUGUUUUCAUCCUGGUACCUGCUAAGAACGCCUCCGUUCCACAGCUACCAAAGAUUAGCGUUCAACGACCUUAGCACUCGACCCUUUCUUAAAAUUCUAGUUGCUUUAUAAUGUAGUGUUAAUUUCUGCUCUACAGCAGAGUGGUUCAGGUAUACACAGAUAUAUAUACACUUUUUAAAAUACUCUUUUCCGUCCGGUUUAUCGUGGGACAUUGGAUGUGGUGCUCGGGCUCUAGAGUAGGGCCUCGUUCAUCCCCUCCCUGGAUAGUAGCUUACACCUGCUCAUAACCCCAGCCUCCCACUCCGUCCCCCUUGGCAACCACAAGUCUGUUCUCCUUGUCCAUGAGUCUGUUUCUGUUUUGUAGAUAGGUUUGUGUCAUAUUUUAGAUUCCACAAAUAAGUGAUAUCAUAUGGUAUCUCUUUCUUACUUCACUUAGUAUAACAACCUCUAGUUGCGUCCAUGUUGCUGCAAAUGGCAUUACCUCAUUAUUUCCUGUAGCCAAGUAGCAAUUCAUUGGGUAAAGGUGUACCUAUCACCUUUAUCCAUUCAUCUUCUGAUAGACAUUAGGUUGUUUCCAUGUCGUGGCUCUUGUGAAUAGUGCUUCUAUAAACAUGUGGGUGCACCUAUCUUUUUGAAUUAUAGUUUCGUCUGGAUACAUGCCCAGGAGUGGGAUUGCGGGAUCCUUAGUGUUUGAGGAACCUCCAUACUGUUUUCCAUAAUAGCUGCAACAAUUUGCGUUUCCAACGGUAUAGGAGAGUUUGCUGUUCUCUACAUCCUCUGCAGCCUGUGUUAUUUGUAGGCUUUUUAAUGACGGCCAUUUUGACUGGUCUGAGGUUUGAUUUCCGUUUCUCUAAUAAUUAGUGAUGUUGAGCAUUUUCUUAGGUGCCUGUUGUCCACUUGUAUGUUGUCUUUGGAGAAAUGUCUGUUUAGGUUUUCUGCUCAUUUUUGAUUGGGUGGUUGGUUUUUUUGUUGAUGAGUUGUUUGUAUAUUUGGGAGACGAAGCCCUUGUCAGUCGCAUCAUUUGCAAAUAUUUUCUCCUGUUCUAUAGGUUGUCUUUUUGUUUUGUUUAUGGUUUCCUUUACUGUGCAAAAGCUUGUAAGUUUAAGUCCCAUUUAUUUUUGCUUUUAUUUCUAUUGACUUUGGUAUGAUUUAUGUAAGAGAAUGUUCUCCUCUAGGAGUUUCAUGGUGUGAUGACUUAUAUUUAAGUCUUGAAGCCACUUUGAGUUUAUUUUUGUGUAUGACGUGAGGGUGUGUUCAAACUUCAUUGAUUUGCAUGUGACUGUCCAACUUUCCAACAUCACUUGCUGAGGAGACUGACAGUAGGUGUAUGGGUUUAUUUCUGGGCUUUUUAUUCUAGUCCAUUGAUCCAUAUGUCUGUUUUUGUGCCAAUACCAUGCUGUUGUGAUUACUGUAGCUUUGUAGUAUAAUCUGGGAGAGAUACGCCUACUGCUUUGUUCUUUUUCUUCAUGAUUGCUGUGGUAAUUCUGGGUUUUUAUGGUUCCAAAUAAAUUUUGGGAUUAUUUGUUCUAGUUCUGUGAAAACGUGUCAUGGGUAAGUUGCUAGGGAUCAGUUUAAAGCUGUAUGUUGCUUUGGGUAGUAUGGCCAUUUUAACAUUAAUUUUUCCAACCCAAGAGUAUGGAAGUCUCUUUGCAUUUCUUUAAAACAUCUUCAAGACCCUUUGAACCUUCAGGCUUCAUGAACUUUAGCCUGUGCUUCUGCCUUUCCCUCACCAUGGAGUGUACUUUCCUCCUACACCUUGUCACAAAGCUGAAUCUUGCCUUCUGAGGCUCAGAACAGCCUCAGCCUCUUCCAGGAAGCCUUCACUGGUGCUAUGGUUGGAGGUCCGCUGUGUGUGCUUGAGCCCAAGCACUUCCUAGCUCACCUUUCUCCCUUUUCACACCCACCCUUACCACAAACUCAUCAUGUACCUGCUAUGCAUGGGUUCCUGUAGAGACAGCAGGAGGACCCAAUCGGGGUCCUCAGAUGGCCCCUGAGAUCCAUGGUAAGUUGAACCACUCACUCCUUCAUAUGUGCAGCUUAAGUACCUUCCAUGCUGGACUAAGGAGCACUGGAGAUACAGGCAUGAACACCCCACCACGGGUGCUGCUGGUCCCAUGUGGGACUAUAAACCUGUUUCAGGUAAGACUGUGCUGAAUGUUACAGAAGUAUCUAUAGCCUCAGAGAGCAAGUUGUCAUUUUUAAUGGGUGGCUAGAGGAAGGGACUGAAAGUCUCCAAGGAAGAAGUGAUACUUGAAUUCCGAAAAAUAAAACAGGUUCCUCAGGGCUGCCAGAGGGGGAAGGCACUCCAGGCAGAUGGACCCAAAACACCCCAGAAUAUCUGAGGAAAUGCCCCAGGUUGGUAAGACCAGGGCAGAGCUUCUUGACCUCUGUCUGGGGCUGGAUAAUUCUCUGAUGGGCCAUUGGGUGUGCUCUACAUCCUUGGCUUCUCCCUCCAGAUGCCAGUAGCACCCCUCUAGUUGUGAUAAGCAAAAAUGUCUCCAGACUUUACCUGAAUGUGUCACCUCUGGUUGAGAACCACUGGGGCUGAGAAGGGGGGCAGAGUGCGAGGCCCAGGGAAGAAAGAAUGUAGUGUGUUUAGCUGGAGCCGCACCAAGAAAGUCUUUGUAAACCAGGCUUCUGGAAUUUAUCUUGGAGACAGGGUGUCCAGAGAGGGCCUACUGAAAGCAAAGAGAGGUUUAAAGCAGGGGAAAAGCAUGGUAUGACUUGUGUUUAAAAACAUAUGAAGGUAGGAACUUACUCAUAGUGCAGUGCUCAGCACUGUCUUUCUGAGAAGAGGGCUCACCUGGAUGGGUAAAGGCUAAGUCACCUCCCCAACUCCCACUGGCUGUCCUGAGACCAACCUGGGUUAGGCCACCCAGUGGGUGCUACACUGCUGUACUUCAGAGAAUUCUCUGGCCACUCUCUCCCUCCUGUAACUCCUCACUUCCCCCCAUACACAUACAUUGAGAGAGAAACCCAGUGACACCAAGUUCAAGCAAUGCUGCUACUAUGCGUUUUUUUUGUUUUUUUUUUUUUUUUUUUUUUUUUUUUUUUUGCAAAAACUAGCUUUUGCCAGUUAAACCCAGUUUGAUGUGCAGCUCUGUCACCUACUACUGGCUGAAUGACCUGGGGAUACUAACUUCAUCUCUAAGCCUCAGUUUCCUCAUCCCUGAAGAAUUUCUGACUUGUUAAGAGAAUUAUACAAAAUCAAGCAUGGGGGGAGAGCAUCCAAGAUGGCAGAGUAAAAAGACCCCAAACUCCUCAUCUCCUCUCAGGAAGACAUCAAAAAUCAUCAAUGAAAAAGACCAAAACAUACCAGAAGAGAUCUUCUCCAGUUAAAGACAUAAAGAAGGAGCCACAACAAGAUGGGUAGCAUGGGCAGACUCAUGAUAUUAUCAAAUCCCACACCCUCCAGGGUGGGGUGACCUACAAAUGAGGAUUUUAUUGUAGAGAUGUUCCCAUAGUGGUGAGAUUUCUGAGCCCUACAAUUGGCUACCCAACCUGGGGGGGCAGAGGGUCCAGCACUGGAAUUGAGCCUCCAGAGCAUCUCUCUUUGAGGGCCCGCCCACCAGUGGGCCAGCACAACCUUUGGUCCACAGCAGACCUCCUACUCAGCUGUGUCAGGAAGCAGCACCCUGUCCACCAAUGAUGUGAAAUAAGCUCUGGGAUCCCUGGGCUCUACAGCUAGACUCCAGGAACCAGCUCUGCCUGCCAAUAGUCCAUCAUUAACCCAAGGAUCUGGCUUCAUCUACCAGAGGACCCUGAUUGCACUUACCAGGGAGCUAGCACAAGCACCCGGCCCCCUACCAUUCUACAACUAACCACCUAAUGACCAGGCCCCACUAAACAGCAGCAUUAACACAAGGCAGAACCUGGCAACCAACUAUAUACUAGGUUAUGAGAUGAGGGAGCAAUCCAAAAAGAAGAUAUAAAAUUAUAAAUACAUAUAUACACCCAACAUAGAAGCACCACAAUACAUAAGGCAAAUUAAUAACAUAAAAGGAGAGAUUGACAGGAACACAAUAAUAGUGGCCUUUAACACCCCACCUCCAUCAAUGGACAGAUCAUUCAGAUAGAAAAUUCAUAAGAAAACACAGACCUACUUGAUGUUUAUAGAGCCUUCCAUCUAAAAGCAGCAGAAUACAGUCUUCAUUCUUAGGCAUACAUGGAACAUUCUCCAGGGCAGAUCACAUUCUAGGCCACAAAACAAGCCUGGUAAAUUUAAGAAAAAUUCAUAUCAAGCAUCUUUUCCAACCACAAGAUUAUGAGACUAGAAAUCAAAAGAACAAAACUGCAAAAAACACAAACACAUGGAGGCUAGACAAUAUGCUAUUGAGGAAAUCAAAAAGUAUCUAGAAACAAAAACAUGACAAUCAAAAAACCUAUAAGAUAAAGCAAAAGCAGUUCUAAGAGGAAAGCUUAUAGCAAUAUAAUCUUUCUUUCUUCAGUAAACCAGAAAAACCUUAAACAACCUAACCUUACUUAAAGCAACAGAGAAAAGAACAAAUAAAAAUCAAUGUUAGUAGAAGGAAAAACAUAAAAAUCAGGGCAGAAACAAAUGAAUUAGAGAUUUAAAUAGAUAAGAGUAGUGAAACUAAAAGCUAGUUCUAUGAAAAAAAAAUUGAUAAACCUUUAGGAAGACUUAUCAAGAAGAAAAGUGAGAGGGCCCACAUCAAUAAAAUCAGAAAUGUAAAAAGAUGUUACAAUCAACACCAUAGGAACACAAAGGAUCA